CUGCAUUUGCUAAUCACUGUAGCGGGCUGCUGUCUCUGCGAUCCUCUCCUCUCUUCUUUCUUUUGGUCUCUCCUCUGUACUUCGGUUUCCCCUCAUUGAGUUCAUCCCUUGUGAAUCGGAUUGAAGGAAAAAGUUACGAUGGCCUCUCUUCGCACAACUUCGCGCCUUGUCGCCUCCUCAAGGUCGCUUUUCCGUCCUGCGACCUUUGCUCGUUCGUAUGCGACGGUCGAGUCUGCUCAGGAGCCCGCGCCCCAGAUGAAGAAGUUCCAGGUCUACCGCUGGAACCCCGAUAAGCCCUCCGAGAAGCCCAAGAUGCAGACCUACGAAUUGGACCUGAAGAAGACCGGCCCUAUGAUGCUGGACGCGCUCAUCCGCAUCAAGAACGAAAUCGACCCCACCCUGACCUUCCGACGAAGUUGCCGUGAGGGUAUCUGCGGUAGCUGCGCGAUGAACAUCGACGGAGUCAACACCCUUGCUUGCUUGUGCCGUAUUCCUACCGACACCACCAAGGAAUCCCGCAUCUACCCGUUGCCACACACCUACGUCGUCAAGGAUCUCGUUCCCGAUUUGACCCAGAUCUACAAGCAGUACAAGUCGAUCAAGCCUUACCUGCAGCGCGAUACCAAGACCGAAGAUGGCCUUGAGAACCGCCAGAGCCCCGAGGACCGCAAGAAGCUGGACGGUCUGUACGAGUGCAUUCUCUGCUUCUGCUGCUCAACCUCCUGCCCGUCGUACUGGUGGAACAGCGAGGAGUACCUCGGCCCUGCCAUCCUCCUCCAGUCCUACCGAUGGUUGGCCGAUUCGCGUGACCAGAAGACCGCCGAGCGCAAGCACGCCAUUGACAACAGCAUGAGCGUGUACCGUUGCCACACUAUCCUUAACUGCACACGGACCUGCCCCAAGGGUCUGAACCCUGCCCGGGCUAUUUCCGAGAUCAAGAAGAUGUUGGCUGCUCACUAGAGGUCGGGACAGCGGGGAAUCUAAAAUUGUUUCAGUCUCAUUCGCUUCUAGCAUUUGGUUGUUUGUCUUCUUUCCUUCUGUCCUAUGUACCUUUCUGAUCUAGCUUAUUCCCUUGUUUGAGGCCAUUGACGUCGGAUGUUUCUAUAGGUGUAAAUGUGUGAAUAUCAU